AUUUACCUUUUUGAAAAUUAUAUCCUAUUUAUAAAUGUGUUUUAAAAGUCCAUAUUUAGGAAAGACCCUAGGGUGACACUUUUUUGUGAAACAGGCCCCAGGAUCAUAUCUCCUCCGUGCAUUGUUGUUGUCUCCUAUUUUAAUAAUAAUUAUAACACAUGGUUUGUUCCAUUUUAGCGUGUAUCCAUAGUUUAUAGUCAGGUUACAAUUUAGAUACAGGACACGCAAUGCUUAAUAUAUUUGGCGAAACACUUCCUGUUUGGGUAAAUACUGAAUAUACGCAGCCGGAGUGUAAAUACACUUAAUUACGUUUCAGUCAUUUCAUAAAGUCUUGUUAAAUUGAUAUUAAAAUAUGGCAAAAAAUAUAUUUUUAGAACGCAUGCGUAUCUAUAUACAAAAUUGAUCGAUGUCAUGCGCAGUAAACUGCGAGUUAUAUAGACAGUUACUGUAGCCAUUUUGAAAAUAUUUAUUGGGUUUGGAAUAACAAAAUUUAAACUUUUAUUAACGAAGAACUCAUUCGACUUCAGAUCUUUUAUUAUUGACAGUCGUAUAAAAAUACAGUGAAAAAUGUUCAACCGGAUUUUUAAGCAGUUUUGAAAUGAUGUAACGCUAGUUGUCUUCAAUUGAUUGAAAAAAUUAUUUUCCUGUAUUUUUAAUUGCAAUUGAUUGAAAGGUGAUUUCAGUGUAUAUGUGUUUUGAUUAUAACAGUUGCUGAAAAUGUUACUUUCUACUUUGUCAUUGUUUUAUAUUUGCAUAUGCUAAAUAUUCUGUAUUACCUAUAAAUGUAUAGUUACUACGUGUCUGUUUAAAAUAAUUAUAGGGGAUGAAAAUCCCCGAGACGGUAACGUCCGUAUAUAGAUAUUCGUUUUUGCUGUUUGCAUAUACUGAGGCAAUUUGUUCGAUGUUUUCCGGUUCCGGUUUAUGUAAAAUCCGCUGACUGGUUGUCUUUAUGAACAUCCGAGCACCCCGAAUCAGUCAUAGAAACUCGUAAACCGCGCUAACAUGAUUAUUUUACUUCUUUUUCGUAAUGAAAACUGUACAUGCAACUGAAAAACACUUUUAAAACAGUAAGGAAGUGUAAAGACCGUCAAGUUUCUGCGUGGAGUGCAAACAAACAAAACAAAAUUCUAAAAGCUAGUGCGAGAACGCUGAAUGACGUCACCGGCAUGGCUUCCGUAAAUUUUGCAAAGUAUGAUAUUCGCUGUAAGAGGUAUGAUGACACUAAAUGUAAACUACAGUUUAGAGCAAAGUUUCACUUUCUUGAGCGUUGAAUAUUUCUUUCUAAGCGGAUAUAUAAAAGAUAAAUCCCCAAUGCUAGGCGGUGCCUUAAUUCAUAUUAAUAUAGUUCAGUAAAGCUAGAGAAAUGUUGGAACUAAUUACAAAAGUUUUGUUUUUGAUGCUGCAUGAAAGUACAUUCUUAUAGCUAUUUCCAGAAAAAAAUCGCCGUCCAUAGGUGCUAGGGGAUUUUCUCUACGGGCCGUUAAACUUUACCUAAAAAUUUUCAUUGUUUCAUAGAAUUCGGAAUUUUUAAUGGCGCUAACUGUACUUCUUAGUGACGUCAUCGGGUACAUGUUAGCAAGUUACAGCCGCCAUUUUUUUUAAAAACUCGAUGAAACCUUUGGUUUGAAUUGCCAUUUUCCAGAAGAAUUAUCGAGAUGUGAACAAAGGUAAGUGUUUUCUGACGUAUUUAUAAAUAACUGACAUGUAUGCAGCAGGAUAUCUGGCUCACUUUGUAUAUGUCCUGAUUUCGCAUUGUGUUAGCUGGCAGACUAUCAGCAAAUGAUACGAUGGUAAAUUUGAAUAUACAAUGUACAUGUAUGUCUCUUGAAUCCUUCCAGAAUAAAGUUUUAUUAAGUUGCUGACCAAAAAUAUACAGCAGAAAGUUAAAAUAUACUAGUAGCAGUUUUUCAAAAAAGUGUUAGAUCUAAAAAUAUAGUGUCCCGUUUGAUUUUUUUUAUUCUACGGAAGCGGGUAGGGACCAUGAAUGCGCCAAUUUCCCGAUUUUUUGUAACGUUAUUUUUAAAUUGAAACCAGAAUUUUUUUUGUCAAUUUAAACAGUUUUGUUUAGGUUUGUUGAAUGUUUCUGGUCAAAAUAAUAUUUCAUGAUCACAUUGAGAUGCCUAUCAUUCUAAUUCGGUAUACUUUUUUUGCAGUUCAGACUCUAGUUUCAUGGUAUGUGCCUACAAGAUAGAUUGCUUGGAGACAAGUACAUUCAUGUUGCUGAAGAUCUUUUAAAGUUUGAUUACAAUGUAGACCUGUGGCGUGUGACUGAAUUCCAAUUCACUGACAUUGUUUGUUUGGAUCCUGCUGUUCAUAUUAUCUGGAUUUGUUCAGUUGUUCUUUGUUGACCCAGGUGGUAUUUGUGGAGGCGAUGCAUAUUCUAGCAUAAUGGCAGAAUCAUUGGACAUAUCAUCAGAAUUUUGAAGGAUAAAAGCUGUCCUAUCUGCGACGAAUUUUUAAAGAACGGAUAGCCCACAGUUGUGAUACGUGAAAAGGGAGCAAAUAACAUCAACAGAGACAGUGCUUAGAGAAACUCGAAUGUAACCGUGAAAUCUGGUGAUUCAGUUUACAGAGACUGUAGAAGGGAUUUUAUAGACUUGAGAAAUGUAAAGACUUAUAAUAGUGGAUAUGCAUGUUACUCUUUGACAACAAGAUCCAGUUGUACAACUUUCGAUUUUAAAUCUAAUUGUUUCUUCUGCACUCACAAUUGUAUUAAAAUAUGUAGUAAAGUCCACAGAGUCGAACAAUUUACUGCACGAUAAAAGAGUUACCGGUACGUAAUGUAAGAAAUGAGUUGUAGGGUAAUGAGGUUCAUGCUAGGUUGGUAUCAGUCCUUGAUUUGCAGGCUGCUGAAGCAGUUUACCAUCAAAUGUGCAAAGUAAACUUCUGUACUUUUAAGCAGGUGCCUGACAGGUUUGCAAAAGAUGAAAAAAGCAAGAAAUCACCUGGAAGACCACAGGUAACAGAAUUGCUGGAAGGAUUUCAAGAUGUCAUUAACUACAUCGAAAGCAGUGAAUGGGCAGCACUAUCAGUCAAAGAAUUAGUUCAAGUAAUGGACGAAACCUGUGGAGAGAGAGCCUACUUCACUAGAUAUAUGAACAAGAAAAUUAUUGAAUAUUUUGGUGACACAAUUACAUUUCUUUCUACACAAGGCCAAGAAGAUAAAAUAAUUAUGAAACAUACCGCAUUUAAUAUUUUAAGCAAAUUCACAAAAGAAAACUUUCAGAGGCAGAACGAAAACGUGAAAUUAUUUCGACAGCUGCAAAACGUAUUAAGUCUGAUAUUGCUGCUGUAGAUGCAUCAAAAACAUUUUAUCCUUCUGUUGGUACUGUCCAGUCUGCAGAAAGGAACAGAAAGUUACUACCAGACACAUUAGAUUUUCUCCUGUCGUCAAUGUUUUCAGGAAAGGACACUGAGAUAAAGAUUGCAGCGUUUGGCCAGUCAAUUAUGAAAGCUUGUAGACCGAAGUCCUUAAUCACACCACUACAACUUGGUUAAGCAGUUCAGGUUCACCAUUUAUAUUCUUCCAGAUUUCUUGUAGAUGAACUUUGACAGAUGCGAUUUCAUCUUCCUAUUCUGAGGUGCAACGUUUCUAAUCCAAUGCCGCUAUGUCAUUAAAUGCUGUAGUCACAGGAUUUUUUCCAGGUCAGUUUCAGUACGUUGCAGAUAAUGCAGACUACAACGUAUGUGCUUAGAUGGCCAUGGAACAUUCCACGGUGCUUGCUCGUCACCAGGAUCAAAUCUUGAGUUACCAAUUCCGAUAGCAGAUGUGUCACUUACAGAUUUAUCAAGAAUAUCAAGCAUUAAUAUCAAAUACUUCAAGGAUCCAGAAAAUUGUAUGUCAGACAAAUUUUAUUUUAGGGCAUAGGAUUUGGUACUGAAAUCUCAGAUACAUUGGUAUGCAGUCAGAAUCCAUUUGACACAUUCUUCAAAUUGAUUUGGCCUUUGAAAACAUCUAGACCAAACUGGAUUUGUGCAGCUUUAUACAGGUAAAUCAAGUAUCAAAAUACUUCCCAUGGUAGACAUGAAUCCAAGUGAUUUAUCCUGUAUCAGUUCAACGCUCCACAUUGUAAAUGACCAAUCUAAGAAGUACGAUGUCACUCCUGUAUUAACUUUUGAUCAGCCAUAAUUCCAAAAGGCGACAUUUAUCAUCAGAUGUAAUCCUCUGUUGAAAAACAUAGUUUCACGACUAGGAGGAUUUCAUACAGAGAUGAGUUCUUGGACAGUAUAGGACACAACUUGUCAUCCGCUGGACUGCAAGAGGUACUUGAGACAAUUUAUGCUCCAAACGCGGUAAAACAUAUGUUAGCAAGUAAGGCUGUUCACAGAGCCAUAAUGUAUCACGUUCAAUUUGGAGUCCAUGUUUAACUAACUUGGUGACGCACAUUAUUUAUGUAAUGUGACAGACUGAAAAUCAUAAUAUAACACUAUAAAAUGACAUUAUUUGCUUUGAAAUAAUAGUGCCAGUCUAAGCGGUAAUAGUCUGGAAUUAAUGUAGUAUAUUCCCAUUUAGUAGAUGUAUUAAUAGUCUUAGAACAUGACUAGAUAUAUAUCAGGUGCCAAAGAUAACUGCUUUUUAAUUUUGUUACAAAUGCAUUUUUUUUGCAUUUAAAUAGUAGUUAAGUUCUAAUGAUUUAUACACUUGAAUAUUUGCUAUUUUUGUAAUGCUGUGAAAUUGAAAGAUACGUUUUUAUAUAUUUAUUUCAAUGUACUUCAGGUAGUUAGGUACAGUUCUAAAAACUUAAUGUAAUGUUUAUCUUCAAGUAAAUGUGUAUCAUUUUCUUUCAUCAAAUUGAUAUAUGUCAUGAUUUAUUAUUACUACAUUUCCAUGGCAUACUUGAAAUGAUGUGUGCAAGUAUUUUAUGUCCUAAGAAGGUAGAGAUAAACUCACAUAAUAAUUAUGAAUUAUAUGUGUUGUGAUAAGUAAGAAAAUAAUGACUAUUUUCAAAAUAUUAUUGUAAGAAGUAAAAUUGUCAAUUUGUCUUUAUUUGUAUUGAUUGAAGAACGUUAUCGAUGCAGUUUUGAUAUUAAUAAAAUCAAAUUUAAUAAUUUCAUUUAAAAACAAUUGUAUGAAAUGUUCAAAAAUAUUUUCUGGACAUAAUAAAUACUAAGUCUUUAUAAUUUAAAGGACUUUUGUAUUUUGUUCCGAAAUAUAACUAUUUGUUCAAAAGUGGGUGGGAUAAUUUUACACCUAAAAUACAACAAUAUGCAAAAUCAUAUCUCGAAGUGACACAAAAAUGUACCAGUUACUGAUUACAGAUAAUGUUUUAUGUCAAACCAAUUAUCCCGACAUAAAAUAAAUAAGUCAACACAGUCAAACUGAUUAUAUUAUAUUACAGUUACUAUUUAGUGUUAUUAUAGCGUAUUUUCAAUUUUCUCACAUACACUCUCAUAAAGCCCUACAAAAAGUCAUUUUCCAUUGACCUGAGAAUGGAGAUUUUUUACACAAUAAACUAUAAAAAGUUCCCUACCAUAAUAUUAGAAAAUGAAACUUUUGCAAUUAGUUCUAGGUAAUGUGCAUUUUCAAGCUAGAUAUACUGGACUAAUACUCGGGUGAAUCAGGUCAUGUCGCUGAAGUAGUAUUGCUUUGACGACCAUGAACUUUAUGUAACUUAUUUUUAUAAUUGAUGUCAAAUAUUACAGUUUUGAUACUAUACAGAAGACUAUACAAUUUUGAUAUUCAACUGAAUUUUAAAUAUAUGAAAGUAACUGAUACCGUGUUAUUUUUUUUGUUCAUUAUUUUUUCUACUUUCUUUUUCUUUCUAUUUUUGUCUGAAGUUUAAUGGAAUUUAAUGAAAGUAACUGAUACUGUGUUUUUGUUUCGUUCAUUACUUUUCUUGUUACUUUUUCUUUCCUUUUUUGUUUGAAGUUUGUAAAAUUUCGCAAGCUGAGGACGAAACAACAUUUUAACAAAUACACUGCAUGUAUUCCACAUUUAACUACACGUACAUGUAUUAGUACUGUGCAUGUUGUUUUAUGGUAAACAUCAAUAUAUUGGACUUGUAAAUGUUUGUAUUACUUUGUCAUUAAUUUUACAGAGAAACUGAUAUUUCUAUAUUUUUUAUUGAAAAUUAUGUGUAAUUACCAUUAUAGAAGCAACAAAAUAAAAACAACUCGUUUUGUCAUGGAGAUUUACAGUUACGGAGAAAUAGCUCGAUAAUUGUGACCAUGGAAUAAUUGAUAUUUGCAUACAUUUAUUUACGCGUGACAAAUUACGUCUGCAGUGCUAUAGUUUAUACAAAAAGUCCUAUCAGAAGUUUUUAGGCUUGAAAAUGUAACUUUGCCGAUUUCUAAACCAACAUUUUAUCAUUUUUUUUUUUAAAUUGUAUUAUAAUUUUGUUACAGAAAUGUCCUCCUUAAACUGUUAACUUAGACGGUAAGCUUGUAAUAUUUCACAUGGUCCAGAUUGUUACAAAACAAGGUAGCCUGAAAGACAACUAAAUCCCACGCCACUGCUAUGGAUAGUGAAAGGGUAAACCUUUGACCUUUAGCUGCUGUGACCUUGACUUUGAACUGACAUGGCUGACUCAUGAACUCUGCACAAUGUCUUGAUGAGGUGAUCAUUUGACCCAAGCUUCAUGAAAAUCCUUCAAGGGGUUUAGGAGAUACAGAGCUCAAACCUUUGACCUUGAGUUGUGACCUUGACCUUGAGUUGACAUGGCUGACUCAUGAGUUCUUGAUGAGGUGAUCAUUUGACCCAAGUUUGAUGAAGAUCCUUCAAGGGGUUUACAAGAUACAGAGUGGACACAAAAUGGAAGGCUAAAACCUUUGACUUUGAGUUGUGACUUUGACCUUGAGUCGGCAUAGCUGACUCAUGGGUCUUGAUGAGGUGAUCAUUUGACCCAAGUUUCAUGAUUAUCAUUCAAGGGGUUUAGGAGAUACAGAGCGGACACAAAAUGGAAGGCUCAAACCUUUGACCUUCAGUUGUGACCUUGACCUUGAACCGACAUGGCUGACUCAUGGGUUUUGCACAUCAUCUUGAUGAGGUGAUCAUUUGACCCAAGAUUCAUGAUCAUCCUUCAAGGGGUUUAGGAGAUAUAGAGCGGACACAAAAUAGAAGGCUCAAACCUUUCACCCUAAGUUGUGACCUUGACCUUGAGCGGACAUGGCUGACUCAUGGGUUCUGCACAUCAUCUAGAUGAGGUGAUCAUUUGACCCAAGUUUCAUGAAAAUCCUUCAAGGGGUUUAGGAGAUAUGGAGCGGACACGAAAGUGUUACGGACAGACGGAAGGACGGACGGAGACCAUUCCUAUAACCCCACCAUUUGUGACGGGGGAUUAAUAAGCAAUCAAAUAGAAGGGUAAUAAAAUAAUGGCUAAAUAAUAAUACUUAAAUUGUUAUAAUACUGCAAAGACAAUUAGUGAAUUUCAAUGCACAUUAAAUCAACUCACUAUAUAUUCUAGCAUAAAACUGCUGUUCUUGUCACUUUUUGGGGGUGUUUUAACAGGAGAGAAAACGUGUGUUAACAGAGAGAUUCUCACGCUCACGUGCUGUUAUAACACCUUUUUAUAUAUGCGCGUUCGCGGCAGAGCGUAAACGUAUUACGGCCCCAAAACGGAUAAUUCAAAUGGAAAUGACGUCAACGUGAAAAAACAACUCGGAUAUUCCCGCGCAUUUCCUGGAAAUUUAAUGACGUUGAGGGAUAAUGUAUUCAUUUAUUCGUUUUUUCGCGUUUUAUGCUAGAAUAGCGUUAUGUUAUUUUCGUGUUAUAACAUCUUCAGAAUCCCUCGGGAUACGUUGGUACCAAAGAGAUUAUAUAUAUACAGACUUCUUAUUGCAACCAAAGAGAUUAGCCAAUUAAUUGUGUACUAUGAUUGCCAGAUUUUCACUACGCAGCUGCGUAUCUGCGUAAAGGCAUCUACAUGCCAGUAUUUUAAAAAGUUUUCAUCACAUUAAUAUUGUUGAGCAAAUAUGAAAAGUUUUUAAAUUUUACGGUCGAGGAAGACUCAAUUUGCCCCUUCAGGCAUUAUUAUAGGCAAGGGUGGACACCUGGAAGAACCUACCACAAACCGAUGGGCUGCUCAUAUGACAGUCCGUCCGAGCAAAGCUCGAACCCACAGAAUUUAUUAUCAAGUGAUUUGAACAACCUUCAUCACUUGGCCCUGGGUGUACUGGAAGACCGAUUAGAUUAUCAAAAAAAAAAAAAAAAAAAAAAAAAAAGAAAGAAAGAAAAAAACAACAUCAACGAAAAAUAAAACUUUUGCAUUUCUGAACUAUAUGUGAUGUGAUAAUCAACGAGUUUAUUAUUAAAAACGAAGUUAAAAACUAUCUGAUUAGAAAAACAUUGCCCUUAAUAUUCAUGUUUUAAAGGUUUUAUUUUAUAAUACAUGGCAUAAGUGAUUCACAUAUAACCAGGUAUUCAGUAAGUAUGACAAACACAUCCUUUUGAAAUCUAGUAUGAGUGCAACAUUAACUGGACCAAUAUGAAAACAUAAGACUACAAAAGAGGGCCAUUUUUAACUUAAAAAGACAAUAUUUAUACUUACCAACAUGUAGGGUAAAACUGUUUCUAACGUUAGGUAUUUACACAACACUUCAGAUACUUUUAGAUAUGAUUGCUUACCCUUUCUUGGUUCCACAAGAGGUCAUGGAAGUCAUGGUACUUUAUUUUUGUUCUACAGCAUUAUCUUCUGUCUUUUUUUAAUAAGUCGACAUGUCGAGGAAUGGUUACAGAAAAAUUACUUAGGUCACAAGCAAAGGUAUGGCCGUUGCUCAGUGGAGCUCGAACCCAUGAUCUACGUGUUGAGCGGUUGGCACCUUAAUCAAUUUACCCACCCCCGCUAAAAGUGAUAUUUUAAAGAUGAAAAUGAAAACAAAACAAAAUAAUAUAUUUAUCUUAGUUGGGUUUGAACUCACGACUGAAAAGAAAACAAAUAUUUUAAGGUAUGCAACGACAAGCUAUUCUAUAUCCCAUGCUUAGGAUUAGGAAACGUAUAAUCCAUGAAUGAAGCAGGCUUCUUUUGAUUUCCAACAUUGUUUCUGUUGUAAACAUUGGUCAACUCGUAAGGUUGUUUACACCACAUUUCUGCCACAUUAUGUGAAAGACUAGUCUGCUGAUUUACUACUAAUGGACCAAAUAUGUUACUGUUGUCUCACUGUUCCAUAUUAGAAUAGGUAAACACAUGUCAUCAACGUACACAAACUGAAUCUUAAGAUAAAUAUUUUCAUAACAGAUAUGUCGUCCUAAAGCAAAGUGACCCACCAAGUGCUAGAUGGCGACGCCAAAUAGGAACAAAAACGAGGAUGGUCCAAAAGGCUCACCAAAAAGAGGCCAAGGCGACGGGCAAGAGCAGAAUCAACCGAAGACUGAAGAGGAGAGAAUACCAAAUAAUCGAGAGGUGAACGACUCUCUUCAACGUGGUCCCCCAGCAACUGGCGUAAAUAUUAAGCAACAGGAUUAUUUACUGAAACUUAUGAUGUUAAUAGCAAUCAGUGCAAUACAAAAUGAAGACUGGUUACAACGGUUGCAGCAAGAAAACCGAAACCAUCAACAGCGGGUACGAAAAGAAAAUCGAGAGCAGCUGCGACGGCUAACACAAGAGAACCGAAACCAUCGACAGCGGGUUCAAGAAGAAAAUCAAGAGCAGCUGAAACGGCUAAAACAAGAGAACCGAAACCAUCGACAACGGGUUCAAAAAGAAAAUCAAGAGCAGCUGCAACAGCUAACACAAGAGAGCCGAAACCAUCAACAGCGGGUUCAAGAAGAAAAUCAAGAGCAGCUGCAACGGCUAAAACAAGAAAACCGAAACCAUCUACAGCGGGUUCAAGAAGAAAAUCAAGAGCAGCUGCAACGGGUAAAACAGGAGAACCGAAAUCACCAUCUGCAGAUGCAAAGCAAAAAAACAAAACCAGCUAAACCAAAUGCACCAGGAUUCUUUUGUAAUGGCGCCACAUCGGAAACAGGUGAUAUUUGUUGCAUGUGCAGAAAGUGCAAAUGCCAUUGUCAUAUACAUGACAAAAGUACACACGGGAACGUAAAAGACGAGCAUAAAUUAGCUGGUACGAUGAGACGCGACACUGGACAUCAUCGCACGGUACCCAGAGAUAAAGACAACGAUACACAUGUAAGUAUUGAGGAAUCAAGGCAUGCCGGGCGGAAUGGAAUAACUGGUAAAAUUGUUUCGAGCUUCUCUGCCACAAACGGUGUUUCAGACUCUGAUGUUCCGAAGGGAGAGUCUAAUGGUAGCACAAAGAAGACAGAUCAGUAUCCUAAUGACGGGAUGUCUGUGGCCUGCGGUGGUAACCCUGGAGAUCCAAGCGAUAGCGAUGGAUCAGACAGUGAAGACGAUUCUAAGAAGGAUCAUGCAAAAGAUGACAGAGAUGAAAAUGACCAAAACAGAAAUAGAAACAAGGAAAAAAAUAUCUCUGACUGGAGGAUAGAUACAGAAGUUUGGAAAAUAUGCAUAGAUAUGAAAGAUGUACAAGAGGCCAAUCGUUUACUGAAUGAAAGAAUUCUACCUGACCAGACAUUACUAGAUCGUGGUUCAGAAGUAUUUGGUAUGUCUUCGAAAAUUGUGCAGAACAUAUGCACUGCUAUUUGCUGUUACAUGAAAGAAAGCUUUCUUCAUGUUAUCCACGUCUGUCCUGCUCUUGACUAUAGACACGAGUUUAGCAACACACAAAUCACAUUUGUUAUCUACAGAACACGUCCACAUGAGAAUGAAACAACUGAAUAUCGUUAUUAUCGGUAUUACAUAAGGCAUGUUAAUGAAAUAUCAACAACUUGUUCUGAAGAAAAUACACAUAUUAGAGAACUUGAACAAGACUUUCCCAAAGACUAUUCCAAAACAGAGGAAAUUGUAGAAUGCUUAAACAAAAAUUCAAAAUCCCUUAUGGAACAGCACACAAAUCUGACUAGAGUUUCUAUCAGCUGGUUUAAAUCCAAAGGAUUUAGAACAAAACAUCAGGAUAUAACACAGAACACUUGCAUCGCUUUGUAUGUGCAGGUAAAAGGGUUUGUUCCCUUAAAUGAGACCGCUUUACCGGAAGUAAUAGAUGGAAUUGAUGUCGAUGUACGCGAAUGCGUUGUCUUGCCGUACACAUUUCCUAACGAACACCAUGAGCAUAUUAAAAUGGGUUGCGCUAUACAUGGCGGAUUGAGGAACGCAGAAGGGCAAGUUCUUGGGGGAACGCUUGGCGGGUUCUUUGAAGUAGAUAGGGAAAUGUAUUGCUUAACAAGUGCUCAUCCUUUUAUGUCUCCAGCAGACAUGGGUAAACUGAAACAGUUUGGGAAAUUCUGUAACCUAGGCCUAGGAAACGAUAUUGAAACGUUUGAAGCUCACCAACCAGUUGUAGAAGGAUCAAGAUCGUUUGGUACAGGGGUGCGUGCUGUUUAUAAAGAAGGUGGCAAUGGCGAAACUGGAGUAGAGGCAGUGGUAGUUAAAGUACAGGACAGAUUUCCCGUUUCUGGAGACUUUCCAGCAUGUCCAUAUCAUAGAAAUCCAGGAAUCGACCGUCCAAAAUUUUCGACUGGAAAAAUAUGUAAUCGAGAAGAAGUUAAUAGAUUAAUAAGAAGUAAAACACUUACGGUUGUAAAAUUUGGUUGCUCAUCAGGUUGGACAAGAGGACGUUUUCGAUUUUCUGCUGGAGCGGCAAGACUGAGCAAUAUGGUAGCAUCGAUUCAUAGUUUUGGAAUUUUAUUGCAUAAUCAAUUCGAGAUAGAGAAUAUUGGAGAAACAGAAUUCGCCGAAUUCGGGGACUCUGGUGCAUUAGUGUUUACGGAUGAAAACAAUGAGCUUUCAGUUAUAGGUAUUGUUGAAGGUGGAACACCAGGGCUUAUAUAUGUGACACCAAUUUGUGAUGUGUUUUCAGCUCUGGAAUUGCAAAAUGUACAAAGCACGAAGGAAUUCACAUUGCAUUACCAAGACAUACAAAAUAUACCAAUGGAUGUUACACCAGACUCGUAUUCAUCACGGACUAUAACAGAUAGAAGUGAUUCAGGAAUAUCGACGAACGACGAGGCUAUUCUUAAGCAUAUUGAGGAGAAAUUUCAGACAUUUGAUCAGGAAAUAACACAAGAGGUCGCCAGGCAGGUACAUAAAAUUAAGGAAAAUAUGAACACAACAGUAAAUCAAGAGUUAAGUCCUGUAAAAUCUGAAUUAAGCACUCUAAAGUCAGAAGUAACACUUCUUAAAUCCGAAAUUCAGAGCAAAAUGCAGGAACAAUUUACAGCGCAAACUAAUUCCAUAAAAAACAUGUUAUCCGAAUUCUUUCGCUCAAAUCCUGCGGCAAACGCUUCAGAUACCAAUAAUUCUACAUAAAAAAUACACGUAUCAUUUUCACUGGCACGUUCAAUACUUCUUAGUAUUGAAAUUCUUUUUUUGCUAUACACAGAGAUACUUUAAAAUGUGUGUUUUUUAAUUAAAUUCAUUUAAACAAAAUAACGUAAAACGGAUAUAUGAUAUUUCUAACGUUUCAUUUUAAAACCGUCAUGCAAUAUAUAGGAUUACCUAAAAUGAAAAUAAAAUUUCCUUUUAGAAAGGAAUAGCUUGGCUAGUAGAGGUAAAUAGCAAGCUGAUAUCUUUCAUUUAAAAUACCCCUUUAAACACUAAUGGAACCGGCCACCACGUUAGCGCAGAAAUUG